AUGGGGUGUGCCUUAUCCAGCCCAGGCAUCAGGUCAGACGCCGCCAUCUCUGAAGAGAAGAGGCGCUCCUCUCUGGAAGAUGGUUUGGAAUUGCCUGAGGAAGCCGAGUGUCUGGGCGACGAGGAGAUGCCUGAAUUGUUCCCACUUUCAGAGGCUCAGAAGGAGCUGAUCCAAGAGUCCUGGAAAGUCCUGCACAAAGACAUUGCCAGAGUUGGCAUCGUCGUCUUCAUCAGGCUCUUCGAGACCCACCCUGAGUGCAAAGACGCGUUCUUCCUCUUCCGUGACAUUGAUGACCUACAGCAGCUGAAGAUGAACAAAGAACUGCAAGCUCAUGGCCUCAGGGUGAUGUCGUUCAUCGAGAAGAGCGUGGCACGGCUGGACGAGGAGGGCAAGCUGGAAUACUUGGCCUUCGAACUGGGCAGGAGUCACUGCCGGUAUAAAGCUCCCCCCAAGUAUUAUGAGUACAUUGGCGCUCAGUUCAUCCAGGCUGUCCAGCCCAUUCUAAAAGAAGAGUGGACCCCAGAGGUCGAGAAAGCCUGGGAGAGCCUGUUCAAGUACCUGGCAGCCACCAUGCGGAGAGGCUUCUACAAGGAAGAGAAGAUGAUGGAGGCCAGCCAGUCCCUUUCCUCGAGGAAGGCUGGUGCUGAAUCCACCCCAAACAAAGUCUAG